AUGAAAACAAAGAUAUUAGUAACCCUUUCUAUAUUUUUAGUAGUUGUUUAUUUAUAUUUAUUGUUAUAUCAUCCAAAUGAAAUUCCAUUCAAAUAUGAAACAAAACAUAUCCAACCGCCACAACCAAAGUACAAGAACAAGUUUUUUGAUUUAUCCAAAUUCAAUUACAAAGAGAGUUGUGGAAAUGUUUUUCAAUAUCAACCAAGUAAUGCACAAGAUUUAAUUUUAUAUUGUGGUUCUGUUGAAUUGGGUGCAUGGAAGGAAAUAAAGAAAUACUCUGAUAUAAUACAGCCAAUGAUAAAUGAAGUUAUGCCAAAUGUUACAAAAGUGUUUCUCCUCAUUGGAAAACCUCCAACAAUAACAUUUUUAGAAGAAAUGAAAAGAUAUGGAGUGAAAGUUAUUCAAAGGGCAAAUAGUUCUCAAGAAGUAUCAAAGAAUGUUGCAGUAGUUCAAAGAAUUUUUGUUUCAUUAGAGUACUUAAAAGAAAAUAAAAACAAGUAUAACCGAGUAAUAUUUUCUGAUUUUAGAGAUGUUUUCUAUUUCAGUGAUGCGUUUGCAACGUUCACAAAAGAUGAUUUAAUUCUUUUAAUGGAAUGUUAUGGAAUAAAUUCAAGAAAAUGUACAACAUUUACUGAACCAACUAAUUUUAGAUGGGUUCAACAAGGGUUUGGAAGAGAAACUGCAAGUUUAUUUGCAAAACGUAAAGAAAUCAUAAUAAAUGGAGGUCUUUUCUUUGGUGGAAUUGAUAAAGUUAUUGAACUAUUAACAAUUGAAGUAAAAAAUAUUAAAGGAAAAAGGCUUAAUUGGGGUCUUGACCAAGCAGCACUUAAUUAUGUAUAUUAUACUGGACAACUAAACCACUUGAGUGUUACUAAAGAAUUUUGUUCUCAACGUAUUUGUUUUACAGAGGCUGUUACUAGUGUAUAUAACCAUUCAGCGAAAACACUCGUUUCAAUUCUAAAUGGAUGUUCUCCAGUUAUUAGACAUAAAAUUCAUCUUGGUAAUAUACCAUUUCCUUAA